AUGGUGCUGCAGUGCAUCACUGAGCAGCGACUGUUAGGAAGACUCAAAUUAAUUUGCGGUGUACAGUCAGUGUUAGUUGCUUCAGAAGCUCCACCCGCAUUAAUGCAAAUGCUGCGUAUGAUGGAGCUGCUGAUACACCGCACGCUGCAGCAAACAAAUACUGCUGCACUUCAUGUGCGGCUAGAGCUUCAAUCAGCAGCAGAAGCAAAAGAAUUAGUAGGGCUGAGGCAAAUGAUAGACGGUUGUCUCGAAGUAUUUAAACAAGAGCUUAGAGCAAGAGACUGUCACUGCACUGAACUCGAAGUAAAAUUAGCAGCAAAAAAAUGCGGGGGUAAAAAUGGGAAUCUAAGCGAAGCGAGAACAGAGUUAAAACCCUUUGAUAUACAGGCUCGCGAUUUGCAUCCUUGUUUAGAAGGCGUGAAGAACGGCUGUGUAUACUGUAUGAAUAUGAAUAUACUAUCUUCUUUUUCUCAGCUGUCUUCGAUAUGCGAGUUGACAGGAAUAAAAGUAAUGCAUAUAGCUUCAAUACCGGAUUUAAAUGAUAUAUUAUCUUCAAACAAACAAACAAAAAUAUUAGCUUUGUUCAUUGCUGAUAAUACUACACAUCUUGCUAAUGCUAUACCUUGCUCUGUCCCCAGCAUUAAUAGAAUUGCAGAGCUUGUUCAAGUUAUUAAAGCUAAAACUAAUAAGAAUAAAGAUAAAGAUAAGGAUAAAGAUAAAGAUAAAGAUAAAGAUAAAGAUAAGGAUAAAGAUAAAGAUAAAGAUAAAGAUAAAGAUAAAGAUAAAGAUAAAGAUAAAGAUAAAGACAAAGAUAAAGAUAAAGAUAUUCCGAUCGAAUUCGAGAGAAAGCCAAAUAUCUUCACAGCAGCAACGGUAGACAACAAACCGCCGCGUUCAUUGAUAGUAAUAGAAGAGCCAUUAACAUGUUCAGAUAUUAUAUCUAUUUUAGCUGUUGCUGCUGAAGCUGUAGAGACAGGAAGAAGAAGACGAGGAAGAACAAACCCUAUGCAAAGGCUUUCUUUUGGACGAGCGUCCUUCUGGGAUGCUGUUGUGUCUGCUGUUAAUAAGCCCGACAAUAGAGCAAGCAUGUAUUCUUCCAUUUCCGUGCAAAGCCGAGUUGAGAGUUCAAUGAGCAGUCUAAGGCUGGUGCCCUUGUAA